GUGGACUGUGGGACAGAAACGACAGAGUCUGCAUAGAAGUCAGUCUAUCCUGUGAGUAGGCAUGGAAAAUGUUUUAAAUAAUAGCUGAAAGGCUGUGAGUUGCUGACUGUGUAUGAUGUAUUGGAGCUACAAACCUCUAAGAAACAUGGCCCAGGUGGAUGUUGCAUCUGAGAAAAAUUUCUCUGUCCAUGUGGCGGGAAAAACAAAUGGGGCUCAUCAAGAGAUUGUUGCAAAGCUGAUGCAUUCUGGCCUGAGAGAGGUGGACUCUGCUGAAGAAAGUGACUUGAUUCUGGUUUUCUGUCCUGUGGUGUCAAGAGUCGGAACAGACAUCAGUGAGGCCCUGGAGGGCGUCCCAGAUAAUAAGCCAAAAAUUCUGGUGGUGAUGCAUCACACCUUCAAUCGUAACGUUGCUCCUGACAGCAGAAGAAUGGUGGACAACCCGAGUGUCCAACUUACUGUGGACUGUCUGUUCCAUGAGGGCAAACUCCUGAGCUGCAACCGCAAUGAUAUCGUAUUGCUUGAGAUCCAGAAAUAUUUUGGAAUUUCUCCUCCCAAACCGCGCAGUUGGUUUUCGAGGCAUUGGGUGCCAAUUGCGAUUGGAAGUGCAACCGUGGUGUCGGUGAUCAUCCUUACAGUCGUUCUUAAAAAGUAUUUGUAUUAAGACCUGUGGGGGGCAGUCAUCAUAAUUAAUGAUUGAAAAUGAAUGUGCUAUGUAACACAUGUGUAGCCGUCUGUUAAAAUGCAUGUAACAGAGGAAUUAUUAUUGUUGUUAUUGUAGUAAACAGUCGUGUAGCUUGAUGUAGAUGCAUGUGUGGGUUGUGAACAUUAAUACUUUAUCUGAACUGCAAGCAAGUUGUGCAAAACCCUGGAAAUGUAUAUUUUAUUUUAUUUUAGAUUUCUUGUAGUUCGAUCUAAUUAUUUUUUUUGUUGUUGUUUUGUGUUACUGCCUUUGCAGUACUAACUUUGCAGUGUCUGUAUGGAAGAAGAAUUUCCCCUCGUGCUUACAUGAAGGAAUUCUGAAGGAUUCUGAGAGGAAAAUUAAUUUUAAAAUUCACAUCAAACUCACAAAACAAAAAAGGUGUGAGCUCCUCUAAAGGAUAAGUGCAUGUUUUUCAAGUCUGUUCUGAAACUGCAAUGACUUUCCCAAAUACACACCAAAAGGGUUUUUGGUUGCUGUAAUUGUUCCUGAAAUCCCUUCCUAAAGAGAUUUUAAUAUGAGUGCUGGAAGAAAAACACAUUUAAUGAAGAUGUAAAGCCAGAACAUUGGUAAUUGUGCUUUUGGGGGUUUUGUGUCAUAUGCUUGUUUUAAAUAUGUUUUAAAAAGGUUCUUGAUAAACACAAAACACCUCCGUCAUCAUGCCUGAAUGGGUCAGGGUUGUUUUGGCAGCAAAAGGAGGACCUACUCAUUAUUAGGCAGGUGGUCAUAAUGUUAUGGCUGACCGGUGCCUGCUGCUUGUUCAACCAUAAAAAUAAAACCCAGAUUGUAAAAAAGAUCCUCUGGUUUCCUCUGCAUUAAGGAAUAUUGAUGUUGGGAAUAUCAAUCCAUGAACAAAUCCUUUUUUAGGUUAUUUAAGUUGCAAAUAACACCAGAUGACACAUUGAUCUGUUUUCUUUAUCUUAGUGAGCUGCAGGUGGAAGCUGAUUUCUGGUCUUCUUGUUGUUUUUUUGUGGUGGGACUGGUGGUAUCUGUGAUAUUUGUUAUUAUAUCCAAAAUGAAAUAAGUAGAUCUGUGAGCACUGUCUCUCAUAUGUGUGACAUGUAUGGCCAUGCACGUUACGAGAAGUUUACAGUGUUUUCCAAAUAAAUGUUUCUCGAAGGGACGAAAUUAGUGGUGGGAUGAUUGAGGUAAAUGGUUUUUGAAUAAAAUAAAGAAAUUCACAAAACUGC